AUGUCUGGAAAGCUCGUCUUCAUUACCGGUGCCACUGGCUACAUAGGCAGUCACCUUGUUGGGGAUGUCCUCAAAGCCGGCCACCGCGUGCGUCUCGCCGUGAGAAAUGAGGAGAGAUCCCAGCUCAUCAAAGACCUAUACCCUUCGGCCUUGGACAGAAUCGAAUUUGUCUUUGUGCCAGACAUGUCACAGCCUUCGGCGUAUGCAGAUGUCUUGAAGGGAGUCAACUAUGUCUUUCACUUAGCUGGAGCCAUGGUUGACAGAGGGACGGAUCUUCAAAGAGACUUUCUCGAUCCUAUUGUCAAGGGAACCGUGGCAAUCCUCGAGUCUUCCUCAAAAGAAGACAGCAUCCGAAAAGUUGUCAUUGUCUCGUCGUUCCUAUCACUGAUGCCCAUGGAUGCCCUUCUGCAAAACCCUUUCCAUAUCAAGGCCAAUACUGGCGAAAAGCUCGCCGUCGAUUUCAACAUGGACUUUCCCGAGGGCCUGCCGGGGAAGCUUCUCAAGUACCAAACCGGCAAAAUCACUGCCCACCAGGCUUAUCGCGACUGGCUGAAGAAAGCGAACCCAAAGUUUGAUGUUGCGACCGUUCAUCCAUCGCAGGUCUUUGGGCCAAGCUUGGUCCAAAGGUCGUCCGACGAGCUUAGGGGAGUAAACCGUUACAUGUGGACGACGCUCCAUGCGGAUGGACCUCCUAAGACGCCUUUCUUGAUGGUGGAUGUCCGUGACGUCUCCCGCGCUCUGGCACGGAUCAUUGACGCGCACGUUCCUUCUGGAACUGAGUUGCCGGUCACCGGUCCCGUCUACACGUGGAAACAGUUGGCAAACUUCGUGAAGACGAAUUAUCCCUCUCUGAAUAUCAAGUUUGACCCUAAGGAGGAGGAAACAAUGACCAUGGAUAUGGAUGCGACGGAGAAGUAUCUCAAAAUGGAGUGGACUCCUAUGGAGGACACUAUCAGGGCCUUUGUUGAUCAGCAGGUUGCACUUUCAAAGGCAUCAGAGUGA